CUUGGGCUCUCGCCUCGGGGAAGAGCACGAGGGAGGAGGCUCUUUAACGCGUCACACCUACCGUGCCUGGUGCCUUCUGACCUGAGCCCAGACGCCGCCCCUUUCCUUUUCGGGGUCUCCUCGGUGAACUAGAUCGGAUGGACCCGCCGCCGGCGAGGCGGGCGGCGUCCAAGCGGCGGGACCGCCGACGGCGCCUGCGGCAGCGGCAGGCUGCAGCCACGGCAACGGAUGCCGGUGCGGUCGUGCUGGCCGUGGAGCCGCAGAGCGCAGCGGUCACAGCCCCGGUGACUCCGGCCGGUGCUGCUUCGACGCCGGCGGCGACGGCGAGGGGCAGGAACCGGAGAAGGCCUCGGAGACGGCGUCAUCGGAGCGCCGGACCGGCAGCGGCGGCGGACGAAGCACCGGCUGCGUCCCCCGUUGUAGAUGCCAUUUCAAUUCAAGAAGAUCCUGCCCCACAAGCAAGUUGCGCUUUGGAAGCAACGGCAGCACAUCUGAGCGAUAUUGUGCUGCAAACUACGACUGAGAAGAUAAUGAGCUCAGAUAAAACAAGAAAGAGAAAUUUUCAGGCUGGAAGUAAGGCGCUAAAAGAUUCUGCGGCUGAUGGUGCUGCUUGCUCUUCUCUUGCCCGCCCUGAACAUUCUAUCAGAGAAAAUGAAGCCUCAAGGAGCAAGAUAUUUAAGAGAUCAGAUGUAAGAUUCCCGAUUGAUAGUUGCACUGCACAAGGAACUGAUAUGGAUUAUCACAAGAUGAAGAGUGCUGAUUUGCCAGGGAACCUGGAAAAAGUAUACCAGAAAAGAACAUGUCCUGGCCACCUCUCUUUGCAGAAGUCGGAAGAAUAUAGGGAAAAUGAAAAUGUACCUUCUCUCAACUCCAGCAGCUUACAGGAGGGAAAAAAGAGAAGGAAAAAAAGAGGCGGGAAAAGGCAUAAUCGUCGCAAAAAAGCUACUUUACAGGAUUCUCCAGCACCAACUGCUGCUGAUAAUUCUGGUUUGAUGAAGUUCCUUUCUGAGAACUGUACUUCAGGUCUUAAACCAGAGGAACAGAGGAAGAAGCAAGAUCAGAACAAGGCACCCAUGACUAACUUAGUCAACAAUGCAAAGAUGUCAGAACAAUAUGGUGUGAAUUUGGAAGGCGCUAUUGAAAAGAGCUAUGAAUUGGGAAUGAACAGUUUGGACAGCACCUUUGAAAAUAGGUAUGAGCUGGUAAAGAGUAAUUUGGACUGCACAAAUAUGGUGAGAAAUGGAUUGCAAUUGCAAGAUCAGGACCUAGCAUGUUCGUCAAACAGUCGCAAUGUUAACUACCUGAGCCCUUCCCAUUUGGCUGUGGAAUAUAUGGAAAAGCUCAAACUUGUCUUUUCACCGGGAAAGUCCUUGGAGUUUCCGAAGAAAAAGCUUCUCAUCUUAGAUCUUAAUGGUUUACUUGCAGAUAUCAACGAAGACUACCACAAUGCUCACAUGGCUGAUGCCAAGGUUCGAGGAAAAUUAGUCUUCCGAAGGCCUUACUGUGAUGAUUUUCUCAACUUUUGUGCCCUGAAUUUUGAGCUAGGCAUAUGGUCCUCAAGAAAAAAAGAAAAUGUUGAUUCGGUUGUUAAUAUUGUUAUGAACGAAUUCAAACCGCGCCUACUGUUUUGUUGGGACUUGUCUAAAUGCACAUUCACUGGACACAAAACACUGGAGAAUAAGCACAAACCAUUAGUGCUGAAGGAAUUGAGAAAACUAUGGAACAUGGAAGAACCAGAUCUUCCAUGGGAAGAGGGGGACUAUUCACCUUCAAAUACAUUACUAGUGGAUGAUUCUCCUUACAAAGCUCUGCGCAAUCCUCCAUAUACAGCAAUUUUUCCUCGCUCCUACAGUUACUUGAACUGGAAUGACAAUUCACUGGGUCCCGGUGGAGACCUUCGUGUGUAUCUGCAGAACUUAGCUGCUGCAGAUGAUGUUGAGCGUUUUGUUCGUAAUAAUCCAUUUGGUCAACCCUUCAUUACUAAGAGCGAUCCGCAUUGGAACUUCUAUGCUCAGAUUGCUGAUAGAGAGUGUGCACCCUUGACAUGUUGUGCUUGAACUCCCAAGGAUCACUGCUUUUAAUGGGAGUUGCGUAGUUAUCCACGGUCAAAGAUCAUGCUCUUAAGUAUAGAGUGAUCUUCUCGGAGUAGUUUGCUUGUAUCCCUGUACUGAAGAUUACAGGGUCUUUGUGCUAUUAGGCCUUGUUUAGUUGCCAAAAAUUUUUGGCAAAUGCUACUGUAGCAUUUCGUUUGUAUUUGACAAAUAUUGUCCAAUUAUAGAGUAACAAGGCUCAUAAGAUUCGUCUCGCAAA